GCGCGGUGGCCGCUCCCCGGAAGGGGCGUCGGUGCGUGGGGCGGCCAGGCGGUGCGCGGCUCGGCAAGAUGGUGCGGAAGCUCAAGUACCACGAGCAGAAGCUGCUGCGGCGGCUGGACCUGGUGAGCUGGGAGGCGUCAGGGGGGAACCUGGCGGAGGUGAAGGCGCUGCGGCGAUACCGGCUGGGUCGGCGGGAGGAUUACGUGCUGUACAAGGCGCUGGCCCGCACCGUCCGCACUUUAACCCGCCGCCUGCGCGACUUGGGACCGUCCAGUGCCGCCUUCCGUACCCGCUGCGCCGCCGCGCUGCUGGAGAAGCUCUACGGCCUGGGCCUGGUGAAUUCCCGGCGGUCCCUGGCUGUCUGCGAGAGCCUCUCGGCCUCCGCCUUCUGCCGCCGGCGCCUGCCCUGCCUGCUGGUGAAGCUGCGGAUGGCGCAGAGCCUGCGCCACGCUGUCACCUUCGUGGAGCAGGGGCACGUCCGCGUGGGGCCCGAGGUGGUCACCGACCCGGCUCUGCUCGUCCCCCGCGCUGUGGAGGACUUCAUCACCUGGGUGGACGCCUCUCGCCUUCGGCAGAAGGUGCUCGACUACAACCAGGAACGGGACGACUUCGACCUGGCUGCUUAGGGAGGGGCUGCCUGCCAUGCCUCUGCUGCCCGCACUCAGCUCUGCCCCUUGGGACCCACGUGGGAAUCAACGUGCACCAGUGGAACCACAGCAUUGUAGACACAAGAUGCCCAAACGCACCUGAAAAGGCAACUAGGAGGAGAUGUAUUCACUUCUAAACAUAUACUGCGCUGCUCUUAGCUCUACUUCAUAGCUAGUGGCUUCGUAAAUCCACAGAGAGAGGUGUCCCUUCCACAUUCAUCACCCCGAGAAAACAUCCAAGAGCUCGGCUCCAUUGUACUUGCUCCCUGUAAAGCAGAAGUGCAUCAGGAGGCUGUCUCUCAUUGCAGGAGAGGGCUCAGUCAAUUUUAAGUGCUUAGCUGCUGGAAGCCGUUUUAAGCCUGGUCAAGCAGCUCUUUUAGAACUGAGUUUGGCAGCUUUGCUGCUGCUUUUACAGGUGGUUGUUGCUGUUGGUUCUUCUUCUAGCUGAUGGGUGCAUGGUAGCUCGAGAAGCUGCCUCUAAGGAUUUUUCUCUUGAUAUCGAGGGAAGAGGCAGGAGUUGUUUGGAGUCAGCAGCACUGCCUUUCUGGAACUGUACAAGUUUUAUCCAUAAACAAUUAAAAAGAAAAUACCUGAGUUUACUUUCAUGUAAAGCUUUAAGGGGGAGUUCUGAGUUCAGUGUAUUUUGUUUUGUGGGGUUCUAGCUGACAGGCAUUAUUUAUGGAACAGGAGAGGGGCUGGUGCAAAAGCUGUCCCAACCAUAACUACAAAUCUGGGGGUAAACUGGUAUUUAGCACAUCAGCCAAAAAAAAAAACCCAAAACCAGUAACUGAUUGGAGCCUCAGGCUUCCUGGGGCUGUUGAGAAAUUGGAAACAAUUCCCCUUUGAAAUGAAGAGCAGAAAAGCAAAAAUAAAAUCAGUUUUUCUGAGUUGCUGAGUAAAUGUUUUUGCUGUUUGAUUGCAUAGUUUGUCUCAGGGUUUCAUCUGUAGAGUGUUUUGGGAAUACUGAAUUAGUACCAGAAGCUUGUCUAAUACUAUGGCUGAUUUUUAAACUGCAAACCUAAUGUUAAAGCCAAAUGUAUGAAGCAGUGCUGACUUUGAAAGCAAUAAGGCCACAAAGGAGGUGGGAAACUCCCUUUGCUUGUUCUUUGAGCUUCUGCUGUUUGUGCUUGGUUUCAGUAAAGCAGCACCUGUAACACCAAGCUUUUUCUCGGAGCAUAUGCCUUGUUUGUGGUAAGAAAAGAUCCUUCAUGCCUGAGGCAUGACUUCUCUUAAACACCUUUCAGGCUUUUUUCUUGGGCAGUUCAGAAGGUGUCUAGUGCAGGUAAAGAUGGUACAUUUGCUCUGCUUUUUUGGGGGAACUGAAUAAGCAUAGUGAUGUGCUCUGUGCAGGGUGUUUUACUACUCAGAUGUUAAACUGCUGUUGUGCGCAGCCCUCAGAGAAACCAUACAAAAGGUAACAGACUGAAGGUUCAGGAUUUCCCUUUGUAGUUUAUAUCAACCUGCUUUUUUCCCUAAAUCAACUUUUCAUCACUCAUGUGGGCACCUCCCAACAUUUGCAGCAGAAGGGAAACAACCCAAAACCUGUAGCCUUUUAAAUUAAGCAGUGGGAAUUGAUUUCCCUACAGGUACUGUGGGAUAGCAGCAUCCAUCACUCUUCUGCAGCACUGGAAAUAAAUCCUUAUAUGCUUUUUAAGAAAUGCAUUGAGUUGCAUCUUUAGAUGUCUGUGUAUGUCUGAAGUCUGGAAAUCUGUAGCUGUGCUGGUUUUACAGUACCUGAGAUCUCAAAUGUGUGUCCUGCUCUUAAAGUUUUAGUAGCUGGAAUCCACACAGCCUGCAGGAGGACAGUCAGAUCCACUUCAAGUGAAAUAAGCAGCAUCACCUUGCUCCAAAAAUGGAAGUUCCACCUGACAACAGGAUGUCCAAGCUCUUACACAUGACUGUGGCCAGGCAGAUGAUGGCUUCCUUGUGUUUAAUGGUGGGUUUGCCUUUAAUUCAUGGGUUUGAGCUUGUCUGCCAGAGCUGACAUGCCGUGGCUGGGCGUUUCCCCAGUGGCUCUGGAGCUGGGAACUGAAAGGCCACAGGAAGCAGCUCUUGACAACUUUUCCAGGCACUUGGAUAAACAUGGAGGCCUUUUUUCAAAUUCCAUGUCUGGCUCCAAUGUUGUUAUAAAUCAUCACUGGCUUCUGUGGGUCCGUCCAAGCUGGCAUGAGGAGACGAUCUAGCAACUGUGCUUUUUUGUGCUCUCCCCUCGUGUUCUGGGGGCUUGCAGCAGGAGAGCUUAUGCAUAUGAAAGCUGUGGGCUGGAGUCCUGGGUAUCACUGCUUCUGAGCACCUUCUGAAGUGGGUUUGCUGCUCCUCCGAUGGCUCAGUGGAGCUACUGAUGGAAGAGGACAGAGAGGGAGGGUGCUGGUGUUGAGGCAGGCUUUCCUUGUACCUGAUAAAACCUGAUUUCUCUUCCUUGAGUGUCCCACAACACACAUGGGGGCUGGAGAAGUGCCAGCUUCUGCAGCAAGGGAGGAAGGGGCUGCAGAGUAGUGUGGGAAGUGCCGUAAGAGUAAACUGAGCAAUUCCCAUGCAGGAGUUCUCUAGGACCGUGGGGGGUGGUAAGGGAGGUUUUAUCAUUCCCUAUGGUUGUCUCCUUUUUUUUGCCUUGUUUUAUUUACCUCUUUCUUUUUUCUCCUUUCAACCUCGGCUUUGACCUUUGAAGGCUGCCAAGACAGGCGAGCAGAGCCUGGGGAAUGUAUGGGGGCUGAAGGAAAGCGCCCUUCACACUGAUGCCUUUUGUGUUGCAGGGUGUAAAUGGCUGAAGCUCUCACUGAAAUGCAAUUGUGUAUUUUUCCA